UUUAUUGUUCUGUGUCAUGAUAGGCUAUAGAAAAAAACACGCCUCUGCAUUUCAUCUGUGUGUGUGCAUUGCGUAAAGCUCUUUGAGUUGCCUCUGUGUAAAUACGAUGUACAAAUAAACGUGCCUCGCCUCGACUAGCCUAAAUAAACAACACACCUUAAGGCAAAAUAGAGAGAGGGUGACUAAGUGGACAGAUGAAGCGAGAGACAGACAGAGACAUGAAUCACGUGUCUGAAGUGUGCGGGUCGAGUUCGCCGACCAAUAAGAGAAGCCAAGAAACUUGAGCCUUCAGCACCUGUAGCCUUUAUAACCGCUUGGUGCGCUCAGCGACGGUUUGCGGGACAACUUUGCGUCUUCAUCUCCAGACAACGGGUAUUUACUAGUACCAGCGUAACUGCGACGGGACAGCAACCAUGAGUCGCUCCCGGACUCUGAGAGUAAAGUAUGACACAGUUACUCAGGUGUUGUACAUUGUGGGCACCGAACUAGAUGUAAACCUGAGCAGGAGUGCCCCCCAUGGUUCCGUGUUCUUCUCUGUGAAAUGCAGACCCGAAGUUCAGUACAACAUCAGACCCCCGCCUAAGGGGGCAUCCCACCUCUCUCCCAUGCCUCUCAGCGGAAACUCGGUACUACUCAUCACCAUGAGCCGUGCCAGUCAGUCUGAAAAUGAAAGCAAGUUGUCUAUCCAGUACUAUGGGAAGAAUAAAGAAAUUCUGGGGAGAGCAGUUCUGCACCUGACAGCUGUUGAGAUCUCUCUGGAUGUGGAUGCUGACAGAGAUGCCAUUGUGGAGAAAAACAAUCCUAACAAGGGCUCCUGGAAAUGGGGUCCUAAUGGGCAUGGAGCCAUCCUGCUGGUCAACUGUGACUCAGAGCGGUCCUACUUGAAGAAACCAGACAACCUGCAGGACCCCAUGACCAUCUCCUAUGUGUCUGAUCUGAAAGACAUGUCACCCAUGGUGCUACGGACCAGAGGCCCUGCCAAACUCCCUCAAGGCUAUAAGCUCAGCAUGCACAUCUCUCAGGACGAUGCAGAGAGUGUCAGAGUCUUCAGGGCCAAAUCCCCUAAUGUAGUGGGAAAUACCCUGGCAAAGAAAAACCUCUUUGACUUCUUCGUGAAGGACUAUCCACUGGUGCUGAGCCAUAGCAUCCUGGCACAGGAAGUGCCUUACCUUGGAGGUGCAUCAGAGAUGAAUUUUUAUGUGGAAGGUCUCAGGUUUCCUGACAAAGACUUCGAUGGGCUCAUCACCAUCCACCUCAGUCUAUUAGAGCCCAUUUGUGCAGGCAUCCCUGAAACACCCAUUUUCACAGACAAAGUCGUGUUCAGAGUGGCACCCUGGAUCAUGACACCCAACACCCUGGCGCCUAUAGAGGUGUUUGUCUGCCGCACAUCUGACAACUCUGAGUUCCUGAAAGGAAUGAAGAGCCUUACGACGUGCGAGCCAAAGCUGAAGAUUUGUAGUGAGUGGAAGUCCAGAGACGAUCGCUGGAUGCAGGAUGAGCUGGAGUUUGGUUACAUUGACUCACCUCAUCAGCAGUUUCCUGUUGUUUUGGAUUCCCCUCGAGAUAGAGGGCUUCAGGCCUUUCCAUAUGACGAGCUACUGGGCCCCGACUUUGGCCAUGUGACGAGGGUGCCCUACGACGAGGAGGCAGGCAGCCUGGACUCGUUUGGUAAUCUGGAGGUUAGUCCUCCUGUUACUGUGAAUGGAAAACACUACCCCCUGGGCAGAAUCAUUAUUGGAGUGGCCUUCCCUACGGCAACUCAAGGACGCAACAUGACCAAAGUAGUUCAAAACUUCCUAUGGGCUCAGAAGGUUCAGGCUCCCAUUGCCUUGUUUUCUGACUGGCUUGUUGUCGGCCACGUUGAUGAAUUCAUGAGUUUUGUUCCCGCACCUGACAGAAAGGGCUUCCGGCUGCUGCUGGCCAGCCCAGACGCGGCCUACAAACUCUUCAAAGGCUUACAGCGUGAUGGUCACGGACAGGCCAAAUUCUUUGAGGAUCUGCAAGGUGAAAAGCCGGUAACAGUGGACGAGAUACUUAGUGAUGAAAAUUUCCGUGUUCAGAAUAACUAUGUACAGAGCUGCAUCGACUGGAACAGGGAUGUAUUGAAGAGAGAGCUGGAUCUGGAUGAUGAAGACAUCAUCGACCUUCCAAUCCUCUUCACAGUGGUGAAGACCAAAGACGGCCAGUUCAGAGCACAGGCUUACUACCCUGACAUGGUGAACAUGAUUGUCUUGGGGAAAAACCUUGGCAUCCCGAAGCCUUUUGGCCCCAAGGUAAACGGAAGCUGUGCCCUGGAGGCCGAGAUGUGCUCCCUGAUGGGGCGCCUGGGCCUGAACUGUGCGUUCAUAGAUGACUUUGCCUCCUACCACAAACAGCUGGGAGAGGUGCACUGUGGCUCCAACGUCCGCAGGAAACCAUUUGACUUCAAAUGGUGGAACAUGGAGAUGUGAACAAAAACUAAACAGUGGGUGAUGAUGGGUUAAAGUUGUUAUCCUUAAGAUUUCAGUCAUGGUUGAUUUGAUAUACCCAUGGUUACUGUUGUAAUAGCAUGUGUGGUUAGUUACGACAGCAGACCUCUGUUCUUUGUCAUAAAUACAACACGAUUAACUGCUGUGUCUGAUUACAGUGCUGCCAAAACAAUGUGUUUUUAUACAAAGUAGAAAAUAACCAUCUUGCUUUGUAGAAACAUUUUUGAUAUACAGUAUAUACAUUUGCCGAUAACUGAGCAAUAACUGAGGUGAUAAAUACACUGCAUUUCCUCUAAAACCCAACCCAAGUUUUGCCAGUUGAACACUAUGGUGUAAACUAUGGUGUACACUAAGGUGUAAACAGAAUAAAGCUAAAUGCAUGUUCUGUUCACCUGUGCAUGUGAAGCUACUGUGAAACCAGUGUGAGAAUGGCAGACUCUGCUGCUAACAAUGAAAUGAGAUGGUCAUUUCUGAAAAAUGUUAACCAUAAAUGAAAACCUUAAGGAUUACAACUUUAAACAGGUCUAGGGAGCACAAGGAGAAAACAACAGCAACUUGAGUUAGCUUUAAGGUGGGGGGACUUUUUUUUCAUUGUCUCUUUGUCUUAAAAUGAUGAAAUGCUUCAUUUCCUCAUCAUUUUGGAACAUGUGCUUCUUUUUUUCCCAAACGAUGUAUGCUUCAGGGUCAGAGCUAUUGUAUGCAUCUUGAUCUUUAUUAAACAUAAUUAUUUGCUUCAUUUACAAAAAAGAUGAAAAGCAGUAUUUACAAACAAGUUUUUUGAACAAGAACUUAAGCAGGCUUUCUACAAGAACAGAAAUACAAUCAUUUGAAUUGAGCACACUCCCGAUUUUGCUGUGGUUUGGAUCGGCUAUCUGCAUACAGUGCAAGCCGGUGCGAGCACAGUUGGAUGAAUGGUACUGCAAAGGGAUGUGCUAUAGUGAUACAUAGCCACAAGAGGGUGCACCUUGUCCACUCAAACAUUUCCAAAGGGCAGAGGAAAAUCAUCUGAAAUCAUCUCUUUUCAUAAAUAAAUUUGAAAGGCUGUGAUACAGAUGCGUAAUUAUUACCAAAAUGUCUCUGUAGCUUUUCUGUGCUAUUUUUCUGUUGAGCCAAAUGUAAGAUGUUACUUUGCUCCUGGGGAUUUGUAGCUUUAUCAGCUUAGUGAAUACAGUAUACAAUAUAAAUGCUGUUUUCCAGGGUGUUAAACCUUUGUACUUUCACAAACUGUAAAUGUAGUCGUGUUUACUACAGACACAGUUAUAUUACUGAAAUAAAACAAUCUCUUGUAUCAGUUUUUUCCUGUUUCAGACUUAAGUUUACUGUAGUAAGGGGUCCGCAUAGUAUCACCAUUCACUGGAACAGAUAUGUACAAAUAAAGAUGUCUGCAAAGUUUUACAUUCAGGCCAGCUUGGCAGCACAGUGCCUUUAAAUAAGACCCUGCUUCAAAGCA